CUGCGGAGGGGAGAGAAUAUAAAAACACAAGAGUGGCGAUAAGGUCAUCUUCGGUCAUCUUCUUCAAACGAAACCCAAAACCACACAAGUUCACGGAGAGACGAACUCAGAAGGCAAUGGGUUCUAUUGUUCGUGAAUGGGUCGGGUUUCAGCAGUUCCCGGCGGCUACCCAGGAAAAGCUGGUCGAAUUCUUCUCCAAACUGAAGCAAAAGAACAUGAACACUAUGACGGUUCUUGUUCUGGGAAAAGGCGGUGUUGGGAAAUCUUCCACUGUCAAUUCUCUGAUUGGGGAACAAGUGGUCAGAGUCAGUCCUUUUCAGGCUGAGGGGCUGAGGCCGGUAAUGGUUUCACGAACAAUGGGAGGAUUCACCAUUAAUAUUAUCGAUACCCCUGGACUUGUGGAGGCUGGAUAUGUUAAUCAUCAAGCCCUCGAGUUAAUCAAAGGGUUCCUCGUGAACAAGACCAUAGAUGUCAUGCUCUAUGUUGAUCGUUUGGAUGUGUAUAGAGUCGAUGAGAUGGAUAAGCAGGUUGUUAGAGCUAUCAGCCAAAGUUUUGGGAAGGAAAUAUGGAGCAAGAGUUUGCUUGUUUUGACUCAUGCUCAAUUCUCCCCUCCUGACGAACUUUCCUACGAAGCUUUCUCCUCCACGAGAUCAGAAUCUCUCCUCAAAACUAUCCGGGCAGGCGCUAAGAUAAGGAAACACGAGUUUGAGGAGUUUCCCGUUCCUGUUGUCUUUGCUGAGAACAGCGGAAGAUGCAACAAGAACGAGAAGGAAGAAAAAGUUCUGCCAAACGGUGAAGUGUGGAUUCAGAACUUGGUUAAGACAAUAACCGAUGUAGCAACGAAUCAGAAGAAAGCUAUUCUGAUUGACCAGAAAAUGGUAGAUGGGUCUUACUCUGACGACAGAGGAAAGAAGCUCAUCCCUCUCAUCAUAGGUGUUCAGUACUUCAUCGUUAAAAUGAUUCAGAAAGCGAUCAGAAAUGAUAUCAGGACGAGCGGAAGGCCCCUGUAAGAGCUCUGCAGAACCCGGUUUCUGUCAAGUAGAAUGAAGAGUUAUCUCUUGAUCCGGCUUUUAUCUAUCUGUGGUUUUCCUUAAGACAAAUGUGAUUUUAGUUCUUCCAGAUAAUUUUGAUUCUGUGGCUGUUCAAAGUAGCAGCUCGUGUCUCUGACUGGAUGAUAGCAUGAGUUAGUAAUGGUUUCAAGCUUCUAUAUGAUGGUCACUAGGACAGGA